CUAUUGACCUACCGACUUUCUCAACUGCGUAUUUACUCCAUCACCCUGCAGCAACCGCCGACUACGCUGGCUAGGAAUUCAGAAUAGACUCAAAUCCGCCGAGUCUAUCUAAUUUACAUCCGCCAACGCCACAUCUCCGGCCUGGCGAAUUAGGCGACCACCAAGACUUCAAAUAUCGGCACAAUGGGUUCAGCGCCGCCGCUACCAACGCGGUUUCCGUGCUGGUGCAGAGCUGUAUAUUCAUGGGGAGGGGAGUCGCAACACGAUUUAGGAUUUAUUGAGGGAGACUUAAUAGAAUGUCUAAAUGCGGGGGAUGGAUCGUGGUGGACGGGUAGAUUGCGGCGCAACAAGACUGUCGGCGUCUUCCCUUCUAAUUUUGUCGAGGUAUUACCUCAAGAUUUUAGACCCGUUACCAGGUCAGCGAGUCCAUUAACAUCGAGUCACACCCCGAGUCCGACGAAUGCGCCUCAGAAAUCCAAGUCGCGAAUAUUUCGAAAGCCCUUCGAGGCUUACGCGAAAGCGCCUCACUACACAACCGCGAAACAGCCCGAGAUCAUAAAGCAACCCGAGGUAAUAAGGAAUAUCUCCAACACACCGCCUAGGAAGAAUUCCGCCAGUUCAUUUAGGAACAGUACACAUCAGGCUACUCGAAGUAUCGACCGCAAUCCGUCACCAUCAGAGCUUCAAAGACAUAAGUCUAAAGCACCUUCGCCUGCGCCCCCCCCUCCUCAAGCUAGCUCGUAUAUACCUAGAGCCGCAUCCCCUGCCCCCCCUUUACGCUCACCAUAUGGUUCCCGCAACCCUUCCCCAAUUCCGUCGCAGACAUACAAUUAUCAACGAGAACCUUCCCCAAUCCCUCCCCCUUCUCCAGCGCAGCACUAUGCAGGAUCGAGAGGACCAUCGCCGACCCCGUCGUUCAGUUUUAAACCGUACCGGCCUGGAGCAGAACGCGACUCACCUCCACCCCCUGCACCCCCGCCCCAUCGUCAUGUCGUCACUAGAGGGAACUCUAUCGCGUCAAAUGCAUCUUAUGAUAAUCGACGUCUCCAUGAAGGAUACCAUACACCUCGGGGUCCCUCCCCAAGCCCUCACUCCCCAGGUGGCGACGGUCUCACCCCUUCGCCGUUACGCGAAGCUAUGGACGGCGUAAUUGAGCAGUUAGACGCGUUAGGGAUGGCACGUGAGGCGGAUUCACCUGGGCCACCGUUAGACCCAUGGUCACCCGAGUCCUUCGACUUGGUCCACCACCGGACGAAGAAGAAAGGACAACAACCGAGACCGCUAACAUCCAUAGGCGUCCCGUUCCAAGAUUCGGGAUACGGGUCCUUCGACGGCAAUUCUGCCCAAGAUAAUACGUUUCAAAGUGGCAACUUCCAAGAGCAACCACUCCCGCACCUUAACAAUUACGUGGAAAGGAUGGAGACUCGCCUUCGAAAGAUGCAUCACAAAAGUUCAAGCGCAGGAAUCGUAGAACGUCAGAUUCAGCAUCAUGAAGAGGAUACUGGCCCUCCACCCCCACCGCCCCUCAAGAACCCUUUAUAUAGCAGACCCAAGUCUUCAAUAGGUGAUCACUUCUUUGGGGACCGUAAAUCAAUCCGCAAACAGAAGUCAUUUUACGACAUCGGACAGCAGCUGGACAGAACAGGAACGACAAAGACUAAUUCAACGAAUGCUUCUUCGGGUAAUCAGAGCGUAAUGACGGAUAGCACAAAUCGAAGUCUGAUGAGUGGCGUGUCCGCGGGAGGGAUCAGCGCCACCAGCGCUGGUAGCCUGGCUAGGAAGCACAAACGAGCACGGAGCGCGCUGGGAUUCAGGGACGGCGAUGACGAGGAGGAGGACUGGGAUGGAAAUCGUCCAACUACGCCAUUUACCGGGGUAUCGUACCACCCAAGUCACUCUACAUCAGCAUUGCGUCCCCGGUCGCAGGUGGCCUUCCACGAGGACGGAAUUGCUCCCAUUGGAGGCCUUGUGCAGCCUAGCAGCGCCAAGCCCAAGAAGCAAAAUUUCAUUAAGAGAAUUCUAGAGGCAACGAAAACCGGCGUAGCUAGUGGUCGCAGUAGUAUUGCUGUAAGCCCUAGUCCCGGGCAAGUUUCGCCGACUAAACGCUCGAUGGGGCUUGGGUUAUCAGCAUUUGCAGGGGCUAGCAGCACAAACUUGCGAGACCCAGCCUCGGAUAUGGUGGCCAGAAAUGAUGGGGAUUGGGUUCAAGUACGAAGAGAUGUCAACCGAUCAAAUACGUUAAGCAAGAACGAGCGCAACGAGCGACGAGAUCGAUGUUUAAUGUUGGAUUAUCCGGCGAUAGAUCCUGUCGACGAGUUUCAUGAGAGCGUCGAAGGAGACGAAGGAGCUGACGGCAUGCCGGUCCGCGAACCCAUCAACUACCAGGUCAUAAAUCUGAGUCAAGUUGACAAAAAUUCUCGCUUCAUCAGCAGUCUACCGCCAAUGACGACAGCUGUGUCUCUUGCGACAACCUACGUUUGUAGACCGUACAAAAGUGACGUUCAACGUCUUCGGGCAAUUUUCACCUGGGUUGCCGAGAAUGUGAAUUGGGAGGACGACUAUGAAGGAGAUGUGGAUACGCGGCGGGUGAUCCAGACGAGGCGAGCGUGCCCCGAAGAAUAUGCUGUUCUUGUCCACGAGAUGUGUUCCGCAAUCGGUAUACACUCUGAAGUUAUUCGUGGCUACCUUAAGACUCCGGGAGAGGUUCCCGAAACGGGUAUAAUGCCUCGGUCAAACCAUUGGUGGAACGCCGUCAUUAUUGAUAAUGAAUGGCGUAUGAUGGAUUGCUGUCUUGCAAGUCCUACAAACCCACGCCGAAACCUGUACUCGAGCGCUAGUAAUUCUACCGCGGAGUCGUGGUGGUUCCUUACUCGACCUGUCGAGCUUUGCUGGACUCACAUUCCUGAGCACCACAGUCAACAGCAUAUCUGCCCGCCUGUAGCUCACGAAACACUACUCAACCUACCUGGUGUUUGUCCUCCUUUCUUCAAGCAGAUGAUCUCUAUGGUAGAUUAUAAUACGUCAUUAACCCGCCUCGAGGAUCUUGAGAUGGUACACAUCAAGUUCAACGUGCCUCCCGAUAUCGAAGUGGCAGCCGAAGUCGAGACCAAAGGGUUUUCACGAGAUGCGGACGGCGACUUCUUCGAAAGCGGCGAAGUAGUGAAGAAACGCGCGCUGGCGCAAGCCGACUGGUACGGCGGUAUCAAACGAUACACCGUAAAGGCGCUCCUUCCAGGAGACGAAGGCAGUGGCAUCUUGAAAGUGUACGCCGGCAAGCGUGGACUGAUGCAUAGUAUUAAAGACAUACCGCACCCUCUCGCAUUCGCCUUACCCAUUAUCCAUACGGGCGAAAACCCACCUUACGAAUUCGUUACUCGCCACCCGACACCGCACGCGCAGCGCCACGACAUCUACGUCGUUCAGCCGCAAUGUCAGCGGUUAGCGCUUAACAACACAUUUGUGUUCGUCAUCCGGCAGCACCCGUCUAGCCCGGCAGGCGGGACGGGCAGCAGCAACCCGGGAGGCACGAGCCCGGUGCCGUUUGCGCGGCCGACCAGCGCCAUGAGCAUGACUAGCAGCAGCGCGGCGGGGUCGAACCCGAGCUCGGCGACGGGCAGCAUCGCGGGGAAGAAGCCGGCGAAGCUAGCGAUCCAGACUCCGGGGGGCAAGAUCCUGCGGCUCAUGCGCAAAGAGGAGCGGAUGGGCCGGUCCGGGAUUGGAGUGGGCGGGCGAGGCGCCGCCGCCGCCGCCGACGAGGAGGCCAGCGACGGCGGCACCUGGGAGACCAUCAUCAAGUGCUCCGAGCGCGGCGUCUGGCGCGGCCUGGUGCUCGCCGACCGAACGGCGCGGUGGUGCGUGUUUGCCGAGUGGGUUUGCGUCUGAGGAGGGGAACUGGGAAGAAACAAAAUAGUAUGAUACGAUACGGAACCGAAAACCGGAUUAAACAAGAACGAACGGGAAAAGAAAGAAAAAAAAAGGAAACUAAAUUAAGCUGUCCAACCAAACCGAACCAAAUUAAAACCCCAUUUCAAACUCCGGGGUUUCUACUACUCUACUACUAAAUAUACUACUGCUAA